AUGGAGGACGGCAGCAAGGACGCCGGCGGCACAAAAUACCGCGGCAUCCGGAAGCGCCCCUGGGGCAAGUUCGCGGCGGAGAUCCGCGACCCGGAGCGCGGCGGGGCCCGGGUCUGGCUCGGCACGUUCGACACGGCCGAGGAGGCCGCGCGGGCGUACGACCGGGCGGCGUUCGCCCAGCGCGGCGCCGCCGCGGUGCUCAACUUCCCCGGCGAGGCCGUCGCGGGCGGGGCGAUGAGCAGGGGCGGCGCCGGCGGGUCGUCGUCGUCGCCGCCGCCGUCUACCACCCCCGCCGGCGCCUCGUCGAGGGGGAGGGGGAGGGCCCGCGGGGACGCGGAGAAGAUCGAGCUCGAGUGCCUGGACGACAGGAUCCUCGACGAAGUACGGUCGUAA